CGAUCACCGGAAGGGCGGCCCGUCAGCAAACCCCGAGGAAAUUUCGCCUACAACCACCACCACGUUUCCACUUUAUUUCUGCCACGAGACGUGCCAAUGAACACUUCCUUGCUUUUCUCUACUAUUGAAGUGACUAGACAAGCCUUCUACCGCUCUCCACUCUCCUUUGCUAUCGUAAAUCUGAAGCCCAUCGUUCCAGGACAUGUGCUCGUUAUACCCACUAGAGUUGUCCAUCGCCUUACAGAUCUCAAUGAUGCGGAACUGUCUUCACUCAUGACUUCAGUACAGCGUGUCGGGCGCGUGAUAGAACGCGUCUAUGGUGCUGAUGCACUAACCGUAGCUUGCCAGGAUGGAAAGGCUGCGGGGCAAAGUGUCCCCCAUGUGCAUUUUCAUGUCAUGCCACGAAAAGAGCAUGGCGACCGAUUCUCAAAAAACAAAGAUGAGAUAUAUCCAGAGUUAGAGCGUUCCGAGGCAUCCUUAGAUUCCGAUCUCAAGCAGAUGCAAUUUGAGUCCCAGUUGAUGCGGGUUGACGCAGAUGAAAAUCGGCCUCCUCGCACUAUGGAGGAUAUGGAGAAAGAGGCGAGUUGGCUGAGAACUUUUUUUUCAUAGCACAAUCAAGAAUAUAUAUGGAUCAACAACUCUAUCUAUAUGUUAGUGAAUCCUGCGAAGGAUAGAGAUCCCUCUGUCUAAAUAACCUCUAUAAGUAAUCUAUCCGUAAGCAAUAAAACCAGU